ACUAUAGCCAUUCUAUGACCUAGAUCUGGCGGUAGCUGGCGCGCGCGGGCCGGCCGCUCGCUGUCGGUCUCGGCGGCGCCGUGCGUGGCUGGUAGUCGGGCGCCGGUGGUCGUGGCGGUGAGAGCAGCACGGUGGGCCGAGAGACGGGCUCGCACCGCCGCGCUGGGCAGGUCGCGCGCCGGCUGUGAUACCAUACCAAAGAGCGCGAGCUGUGGUGACGGCGGGUCGCCAUCGUCUCCGGUCACCAGCGGACGCCAGGUGAUGACCCCUUCGCCCAACCUAUUCGGCGGCUCAGGGCUGGACAGCACGUCCAAGCCGCAGCCGCCGAGCUCAGCCUACUCGUACCUCCACCCCAGCCUGUCGCGGCGCAGCAGCAACACUCCGCAGCAGCAGCAGCCGGCCUUCGGCGGCCUCCAGCUCGGCAGGCAGUCGGCCAGCAGCGCCGACAUCAGCCUCGACAGCCCCGUGGGCCGGUCGCCGCUGCCCCUGGCGCCGCUGACGCCGCUGUCGGCCGAGCUGCCGCUUCACCGCCGGCUCGACCGCAGCCACAGCGAGCCGGUCACGGAGCGCAAGCUGGCGCCGCAGAACUCGAGCCGUUACAAGACGGAGCUGUGCCGCCCGUUCGAGGAGUCCGGGCAGUGCAAGUACGGAGAAAAGUGCCAGUUCGCGCACGGAGCGCACGAGCUGCGCAACAUGUCCCGCCACCCCAAGUACAAGACGGACCUGUGCCGCACGUUUCACACUACGGGCUACUGCCCAUACGGCGCCCGCUGUCACUUUGUGCACAACACGGAGGAGCAGCGCCGGCCGCGCGCGCCUCUGGGCUCGGCCGGCGAGCCGCCCUCGCCCGGCUCGCUGUCCGGCUCCAGCUCGCCGACGUCGAUGCUGUUCGCCGAUGAGGUGUACAAGUCGACGGCGCUGACACCGAGCCCGGUGCCGCAGCCGCUGCACGUGUUCCAGUUCCCGCCGCAGCGCGACAUCAGCCUGCUGCUGGCGCUGCCGCCGAGUCCGACGCCCGACUCUCUGGCCUCCGACCUGGAGACCAUGUCGCUGUCCUCGGGGGGCAGCGCCAGCGGCAGUCCGCCCAGCGUCAGCCCGCUCGACCAGCCGCGCCAUCUCCGGCUCCCAGUCUUCUCCCGCAUGAGGAAGGACACGUUCUCGCUGUGAUACGCCGGCAGUGUGCCACCAGACGCCGACCGUCGCCGCCGGCCGCGGUCGCGCCGGCUCCGACGCCCGGGAGAACGUCGGACGCGCGCGGGUCGCCCUCCCGCGGCGUCCGGCGGGUGCCCGGGCCCGGGGCGCGGGCGGCACCGCGGCGACGGCGGUGGCGGCGGCGCCGGGGCCGCGUCGGCGCCCCACCAUUGUGCCUUCCUUACUCACGGGACCAAGAGAAGAGAGAGAGAGCGGCUGCCGCGCGAACUGCGCUGGUGUGCCAGUGAUCGCCGCGCGGCGCGAACGGAGCGCAAUGUGGCGUCACUUUAAAUAGCUGUGAGCCCCGCGGUGACAGAGUGGACGUUUAUCCUCAUAGAGAAUAGUUAUUUGGUUUAUUUUUAACAGAAAAUUUGGGUAGCUUCAGUAGUGCCUACUAGACAGACGGCAGGCGGUCUGGAUGUGACUUGCCCCGUGGUGCCACUGAGAGAAACGCGCUACAAGGCCGGCCUUCGCGGGGUAUUAACAUGUUCAUUCGCCCUGUCUUCGGCAAGCGGGGACUGCUCCAAUGUCAUUCAUCCAUAUAUCGUAAUGCUUAUAUUUAUGUCACACUUAUUUAUUUGUAUCGAGCAUCAGUUUAGUUACAUUAUAGAUGUAUCAUUAUUUAUCAAGUCGUCCUGAUUUUGUAAUUUGUAAUACGUCUGGCUGAGGGAGUGGCUUGCGGUGGGUGUGAGCCGGCAGCGCCUUAGGGCCUGUUUUGAGGCCUCGGCUGCCGGCCGGCCCGCCGCCCGUCCGCCCAGCAAGCUCGCACGGCGCACGCCCAGUCUUGGUGAGCGGACCGGCUCGGUUUUAGCCGCGGACGUGUCCUUGUGACCCCUUACUAACCGUAGGUCUCGUUAGGUUCUCGUUUAUUUCCUAUUUUAAUGUUAACACGGACGUGCCGGCGGCCCAGCCUGAACGGCGGGUCGCCGCGGCUGGAAUUUUAUUUCGACAUUUUACAUUUCUGGCUGUUAUGCGACAACCGAGACGGAAGCGUUCUUGACUUUGCGGUGCCUGGCCGGUGACGCUGGCGCAGAGAAGUAUAUAGUACGACUGAUGGUAUUGUGUUAAUACACGACUGUUCAUGA